AAGCCCGGAUGUUUCUGUUUGGCUCUAUUUUUAAAACUUGCAAAAUCUAUGUUACGUUUAUUCGAUUAUUGACACGAUUCUAGAGUUUCCAAAGGCCAUGGCAAGGAGAGACCUCUCAAGAACAUUCAGUGAAUUCGAAUCUGAUGAGUUAACGUUGGAUACAACUGAUCCAACUGACAUAUCAGUGACUUUAGACAGCGAUUUUGAAAAUGGAAAGAAGGAAAAUAAAAAACCAAAACAAACAAAAGUUACAAAGCAGCUAAUUGAAUAUAAACAAAUGAAACAUGAUAUUCAACUAUUGAAAAUAGAACUGUCACAGAAGGAGUUGUUAAUGGACAAUCUCAAAGCAGAUCACAUGCAAAAAGUGGAAGAGCUGGAGGAACAAUUGAAUGGGACACAUCAUCAAAAACAAAUUUUACAAGCACGUCUUGAAACACAACUAAGACUACAAGAAGAAGAAUCACGGAAACGUCAAUCUGCAAUAAAAAGACAAUAUGAAAAUAUUCUCGAAAAGCAAAAAGAUAUAGAAUCCGCUAACAAAAAAUUACAGGCUCGUGCAUAUGAUGCACGCAGGACAUUGCAGGAUAUAAUCUUGAUUGAUGAGGAAUAUGAAGAAUUAAAAAGUCAAAAUGAAGAGAAUCUUUCACUUAGAGAUUUUGUAGCUGUGAGAGUGUAUGAAUCUUUAAGGCCCCUGAAAAUUGAAGUAGAGCGUCAUAAAUCACACAUUAAACAAUUACAAAAUGAAUUACAAACUUCUCAAUUAGCGAUUGAGGAAUGCGACGAGAAGUACCAAGAAGAACACAGGGCGCAUGAAAACUUGAAGGUCUCCCACCAAAGAUUGACACUACAGCUGGCUGACACACAAACACAAAUUAAACAGGGAGAUUAUAAACUAGAAAACUAUGAUAGAGUCAAAUUGGAACGUGAUGAAUUGGAGCAUGACCUUAUGGAGUUGAAGAAACGUUAUGUUUACAUUGAGGCUUCUCUGCAGACUACAUCUGCAGACAGGGCUGAUCUCUCAAGUCAGACAACUUCGGCAAAACAGUCCAUAGCCCUGUUGACCCAGGACAAAGACUAUCUGUCCAAGCAAGUGUCAGACCUUACAAGGAAGUCUCUCUAUGCAGAAGAGAAGUUGGAUGAUAUAAAUACUCAACUGGAGACAGUUAAGAAAGCCAGAGAGGAGCUUUAUGAAAAGUACAUGCAUGCAAGAGACCAAUAUAAGAGUGAGUAUGAGAUGAAACUUCGAGAACAACUUGAUGAGAUCAGAGUAAGAACCAACACAGAAAUAGACAGAUUAAAGACAAGCACAAGGGAAAUGUAUGAGAGAGAGAACAGAAGUCUAAGAGAAGCAAGGGAUUCAGCACAGUCUGAGAGAGACAGGGCAGUCUUAGAGGAAAAGAACACCAGUGCCAAACUAGAACAACUAAUGAAUGAAUAUAGACAACAACAGAUCAAUGGUGAUAAUGCACUAUGUGAGACCCAGAAUGAUCUAAAGAUGAAAGCAUUUGAGAUAGAACGUACGCAGAUGGUUUAUGAGGAAACACUCAACAACUUCAAAAACUCACAACUAGAUAUAGAGAAAUUGCAGAAAAAACUGGAGGUGUUAACCAAGGAGUAUUAUGCUGUAGAGACGUCAAGAGACAAAGAGGUGUCCAUACUGGAGACGCAAUUAAAGGAGACAAAGCAAAAACUGGAGACUUAUGAGAAGCUAGAGAGUGAAUUGGAUGAUGUUGUUAUGCAAGCAGCAGAAAUUGACAAUGAGUCUGAAGCAGAGAGAGUGUUAUUCUCAUAUGGAUAUGGAGCUAAUGUUCCCAGUACAGCCAAAAGACGCCUACAACAGAGUGUUCACCUAGCCAGACGGGUCCUACAAUUAGAGAGAGCAAAUAGUUCUCUCAGGCAAGAAAUACAGCGAGAAACUAGCAAAGUUAAGCAGCUGUCUGAAGAAGUGAAGAAUCUGAAUGAAGUCCUUGAUGAGGCCCAACAACCAUAUAACUACUUAGUGGGCAGUAUUAGAUCCAGGGAUUCCCAGUUACAACAGAAAACAUCACAUAUAUCUUCUUUGGAGGAAGAUGUCAGGCGACUGGAGAAGGAGAGAAUUGAGUUGACUAAGAGUAAAAAUCAAAUGGCUGCUGACCUAGAGAGGUUGCUCAAUCAAAAAGAGGAAAUGGCAUUAAUGAAGCAAGUUGUCAGGGGUCUUCACCUCAGUCGCCAUGGUAACAAGGAAUCUAGCGAACCAAUCAGAUCUCAUAAUGGCCCUAUUGACCCUGAUCCUCAUAGACCAGACCCAACAGUGUUUACAAAUACAGACAACUCUCAAUGGUACAAACAGCUUAAACAAAGAAGUCAUUUAGAGCGUAGUAAAUAUUCAACAGCUUAUGAGACAAGGUGACAGAAGAAUGCAGCCCCUAGUCAGACAAUGACACUAAAAUUGAAAAAGUUAUCAUGUAAUUUAAUCACAAAAUAAACAUUUUACAUACAUAAGUCAUGCCUGUAUCUGUGGAUUUUGGAAUAUAUUUCAUUUGCUAAGUACAUUGAUGUGAUUGGCAACUGUCCAUGGAAUUGAUGAGUUUUAUAAACAGGGAGAAUUAGUAGUUCUGGCAAGGCUAGUUAUCUCUACGUAUUGCCAAAAACUGAAGAUGAAAACAUGACCAGUUCAUAUUUAAAGGAUCCCAUGUGACAUAUGGUGGUAUACAGAUUAUAAAGACCCACUUGAAAUCUCUGAAAUACCCCCUGAAGAAAGAAUGAGUUGUUAGGACUAUGAACUGCCAAACAUGACAUACCUUUUUUAUAUUUAUCAAAAUCCAGUUAUCCAUCGAUAAUUCGAUAUGGACAUAAUAUGGAGUUUAAGCUUGCAUAUAAAAUCGAAACGCCAACCUAUAUGUAUGACCAAUCGCCCUAUACAAAUGCAUCGCUUAAAUAUUUUCCGUUCACGUUUAGGUUGUGAAAAACAUGGCAAGUUAAAACUCCCUUAUAUGAUCGAAG